CCAAAAGAUGGAAUCUUCCCAUGUUGAAAAGAUUGAAUCUUUCUCAUAAUCUUUUGAUUGAUUUCCCUGAAGAGGUGAGUGAAUGAUUGCCAAAAAAAGUCAAAUGUAAAACAAAACUAUACUGGUGGCUAACCAAUGUAUAUUCAUAUGCGUGAUUUGCCUUCUGCUGCUUUAAUUUAUUUCAAGACGAUGCUUUUGGGUCUUUUAGAGCUCGAAGAACUCAAUCUAAGUGGCAAUAAACUUGCAAAGGUUAACAUUUCAGCAAAUACAAAGAUCAUGACAAAGCUGAGAAGGCUAGACCUAAGUUCGAAUGAAUUGACUUCCUUCCCCACUGACUUAAAUCGUUUUAAAGCUCUGAAAUAUGUGGACAUAAAGUGCAACAACAUUUAACACUGGAAUGGAAGAACAUGUUCAUAAGCAAAUUAGAAUAGAUAACAUGAAAAACU